AUGGGCCGCAUCAGCACGAGUCCGCGCCGGGCCAUGGACGAGCACCUCCUCGACAUCGCGGCCCUCGAAGUUCGCUUCCGCACUAGCGUCGCAACGGGUCUCUUGUCCGGGUACCUUGCCGAGCUCCAGGCGAGCCUGUCCCACUCGCCAAACCUGCUGCCGACGGACGCGGACGCGGGCCAUGGCGCGAUCCACGAGCUCGUGGCCGUGGUCCGCGACGGCAACUGGAUCCACACGCGCGCCGAGAACCUCGUGCCCGGCGACGUCGUGACCAUCAAGGCGGGGCAGUGCGUCCCUGCCGACAUCCGUCUCGUCGAGGCCGAGGAUCUCUGGGUCUCGCACGACGCACUCAACGGCGACGCGUCUCUCUUGCCACGCGUGGCCAGCGUGGCCUCGGUGUUUGACUCGCCAGGCCGUGACGCAGGGCAGCGGAAGGGCAUCGUCGUCCGCAUCGGCGCCGAGACUGUCCUUGGCGUCAUCUCGCACACUGUUCUGAGUCAGGAAGAGCCUCGGCGUCGCGUCCAAGCACGACCCGUCGCUGCCGUCUGCGCUCCCAACGUCUCGGCGGUCGUCGUCGCCCACAAGUGCGUGAUUGCGCGGACCGUCGUGACCAUCUCGUUCGGGACGAACCUGCCGGCGCUCGUGACGGCCACCGACGCCGGGCUCACGCUCUCGGAGAGCACGGCCGACGACACGGAGGCCGCGGUCGCCGCGUACCUUCUCUCGACCUUCAAGGCCAACGCCGAUGCGAGCGCGAUGGUCCGCGCGCUCGCCGCCUGCCGCCACUCGCCCGACGAGCUCUCGCGCGACCAAGCAGCGAUCAGUCGCUUCUGCGAUCGGUUCCACGACCCCGCGACGUCGCGCUUCUCGGCGUCGACGGCGGGCUCCGUGAGCGGCUGCGCCGUGUACGUGCACUUCGACCGCGAGUGCAGCGCCCACAUUGUGGUGCUCUUGGGGCCCGCGCGCGAAGUCCUCUCUCGCUGCGGCAAGGUCCGCAAGGCCAACGCCGAGCUCUUGCCGCUCGACACGACCGAUCUCCAGAACGUCUCGGCGAUGGUCGAGGGCCUCGAGAGCAAGGGCGAGGUUGUCGUCGGCGUCGCAGAGCUCUACCUCGACCCGGCAAUGUACCCGGUCGGCUGCACGUUUGACAUUGCCAACAUGGACUUCCCGACCGAAAACAUGGUCUACCUCGGUGCGCUCGGCCUCGUCGACCAUGCGCAGCCCGACCUCGUGACUUUGGCGUCGCACUGCCAAGCCGUCGACGUCAACUUGUACAUCGUCACGGAGCCUGUCCGGGACGUCGUCUAUAGCCCCAUGGUCCGGCCCUGUCGCACGUCGUCGGACGAGCUUGAUGUCAGCGGCGCAUCGUCGCCGCGCCGCGUGGCGUCCUCUGGGCGGUUCGCGUCCAUUUCGCGGGUCAAGAUGACGAUCAAGGACGUCGCCAGUGAUAAGAGCUACUCGCUCUCCCCCAAAGUUGUGGAUGCGAGUGCGAUUUCGAUCGCCAACACGUUUACCGAGUGGAAGCUGCUGCUGCUCGAGCACCCGUGCGUGGUCAUCGAGGGUGGGUCGCCGAGCCAGAUUGACCUGCUCGUCGAGACACUUCAGGACCUCGGCGAGGUCGUCGCACUGAUCGCCGGCGGCAAUGCGAACGCGCUCUCGCUCUUGAAUGCAGACGUGGGCUUUGCGAUCCCGACCGAGAGCACCUUUGUCGACUUGAGUGAAGAAGCGGCCGACUUUGUACUUGGCUACUCGGACGCUCCGUGCUGUGACGCGGUGCGCGUCGUGCAAGCUGCCAAGCAGCAACCGACGGUCUCGCCUAUCGUCGCCGACGCGAGUCUGGCCGACGAGACAGAAGACAGCGCGCGUGGCGAGGCCAAGACGGCCGUGACCAACUUGUUUCGCGAUGCCAUUGUCGUCGGAAAGCUCCUCCAGCUCUCGGACGAUGACCUGCACGAAGCCUUUGCCGCCGCCAUGGGUGGCCCGCCCCCUGCUCCGUUUGCGGUCAACUCCUUUAUGACGUCGAUGCUCACGUCGAUGGCAGCUCUCAAGCCAUAA